AUCAUCACCAUUGUAUGUAAUACUGCAGUCCUUACGGUCAUCUUUAACAAACCUAUGCUACAAAAUGCUACUGGUUUCUUAAUGUUUAGCUUAGCUAUUGCCGAUCUUUUGAUUGGUCUUUUUACUAUGCCAACAUUAAUUGUAACCUUAUUAGCCAAAAAUUGGGUAUUUGGCGAUGCUUUCUGUUCAGUGAGCGGUGUAAUCCAAACUGCUAUGAGUAAUUUAUCGGUUUGUGUUAUUGUCGGCUUAUGUAUUGAUCGCUAUAUUGCUAUUCUACGUCCAUUAAGAUAUUGUAGUAUCAUUUCACGUAAAAGAGUUAUUUUUUACUUGAUGAUAGCUUGGUCAUUUUCAAUCUUGUUAGCAUCUUUACCCCUUUUUGGUUUACAUCAAUUUGGACUUGGUCGCUAUACUUAUUUACCAAGCGAAGCUUCGUGUUGGCUAUCUAUUGCCGAUAGUUAUAACUUUAUAAUCCUAUUUAUUAAUUUAUUUCUAGCUUAUACAUUAGGCAUUUUCAUCGUUUAUUGCUUAAUUUAUCGAGUAGCUCGUCGCAGCUUUUUUCGAAUAUCUGAUAUUACGUUAACUCUAUCGCCUAAACAUGAUCGCCGUGUCAAUUCCAAAGCUGCUAAGACAACAUUUGUUAUUGUAGGAGCAUUUAUAUUAUGUUGGAUGCCAAGGAUGAUUUUACUUAUUUAUCAAGUACAACUUAAGUUAAGAAAUGAUCCUCAACUAGCUCAUCAUACUGUAUCACCAAUAGUGAUGCUACUCCUAACUUGGCUAUCCCUGAUUAAUUCAGCUUUAAAUCCAUUAAUUUAUGGUACCUAUAAUCGCAAUUUUCGACGUAGUGUUGUAGAAAUUUUAUCC